GUAUGUGUAGCAAACUCUUUAUAUGUCUAUGACCAAUACUAAUUCAUCUUAUUUUUUAGUUUUCUUUAGAUUUUAUCAAGAUACAGCUAGACGAACCAGAUCGUGAUCCUCUAGAGAUUAUUUUGAAUACCUCUGAUCUAACGAAAUGUGAAUGGUGUAAUGUCCGAAAACUGCCAGUAGUGUUUCUUCAGGCUACACCAGCAGUUUAUCAAAAGCUAAGCAUGCAACUGCAAAUAAAUAAGGAGGACAAAGUUUCGAAUGAUUGUAAAGGAAUAAAUAAGCUAACAAAUUUGGAAGAACAGUAUAUAAUUUUAAUCUUUCAAAAUGGCCUUGAUCCUCAAGCAAAUAUGGUAUUUGAGAGUAUCAUUAAUGACAUUGGUGUAAAGAAUAACAUUUCCAGUUUUUUUGCGAAAAUUCCCUUUGAUGAAGCCAAUAGCAGACUUGUUGCCUGUACAAGAACCUAUGAAGAAAGCAUCAAAGGAAGUUGUGUGCAAAAAGAAAACAAAAUUAAACCUGUAUCCUUUGAAUCUAAAAUACAACUCAGAAGCAAACAGGAAUUCCAGUUUUUUGAUGAUGAAGACGAAACUGGAGAGAACCACAUGAUCUUCAUUGGCCCAGUAGAAAAGUUGAUAGUAUAUCCACCACCUCCAGCCAAGGGAGGCAUCUCUGUUACUAAUGAGGACCUGCACUGUCUAAAUGAAGGAGAAUUUUUAAAUGAUGUUAUUAUAGACUUUUAUUUGAAAUAUUUGGUGCUUGAAAAACUGAAGAAAGAAGAUGCCGACCGAAUUCAUAUAUUCAGUUCUUUUUUCUAUAAACGCCUUAAUCAGAGAGAAAGGAGAAAUCAUGAAACAACUAAUCUGUCAAUACAGCAGAAGCGACAUGGGAGAGUAAAAACAUGGACCCGGCAUGUAGAUAUUUUUGAGAAGGAUUUUAUUUUUGUACCCCUUAAUGAAGCUGCACACUGGUUUUUGGCUGUUGUUUGUUUCCCUGGUUUGGAAAAACCAAAGUAUGAACCUAAUCCUCAUUACCAUGAAAAUGCAGUCGUACAAAAGUGUUCAGCUGUAGAGGACCGUUGUAUUUCUUCUCCUCCAGCCAGUGAAAUGGACAGUGGUUCACAAAACUCUUCAGCCAAGCCUGUAAUUAAGAAGAUGCUAAAUAAGAAACAUUGCAUAGCUGUAACUGAUUCGAUCGCGGGACAGGAAGAAAGUGACCCUUGUUAUCGGAGAAGCAUAUGCAGUGUGAAAUGCGGUGUGAAAAAAACAAAUCACACUGCAAGUGAAAACGAAGAAUUGAAUAAGGGAGACACUGCAUGCCAGAAAGUUGUUGAUAGGACUAAACGUGAGAAUGGUCCACAGAAUGAAGGUUUAAGCUCUGCACACCAUACAGAUGGCUUAAGCAAAAUCAGACUAAGCUAUGGUGAUGAAUCAGCUGAAGGUGGUAAAAUGCUUGAAGAAGAACUCAUCGACUUCUCAGAAGAUCAGGAUAAUCAGGAUGAUAGCAGUGAUGAUGGAUUCCUUGCCGAUGAUAACUGCAACUCAGAAAUAGGACAGUGGCAUUUAAAGCCCACUAUCUGCAAACAACCUUGUAUCCUGCUUAUGGACUCGCUCAGAGGCCCUUCUCGAUCGAAUGUUGUCAAGAUUUUAAGAGAGUAUCUGGAAGUGGAAUGGGAAGUUAAGAAAGGAAGCAAAAGAAGUUUUUCCAAAGAUGCUAUGAAGGGCUCUAACCCAAAAGUGCCCCAGCAGAACAACUUUAGCGACUGUGGCGUGUACGUGCUGCAGUAUGUGGAGAGCUUUUUUGAGAAUCCAGUUCUCAAUUUUGAACUACCUAUGAACUUGACAAACUGGUUUCCUCCCCCAAGGAUGAGAACGAAAAGAGAAGAAAUUCGAAACAUAAUUCUGAAGCUGCAGGAAGAGCAGAGCAAAGAGAAAAGGCAGCAAAAGGACACUGGCUCAGCAGAAGUACCUCUAGGCGAGGGGACUGAACAAGCCAGCAGUGUCUCGGAUUGACUGUGUCUGUGGCUUGUCGGGCCUGCCUGCAAACGCGAAAUGAGUUUCCACUUUGGAUAUAUACAGUACGGAACUGAAGUGCUCACCACUCAGAGUGACUUGGAAGUUUUAAUGCUUGUAUAAAUGUCAUAUAACUGAUUUCCAAAGGAGUAUGUAUUAAGUAAAAGUCUGUAAAUAUGUUAAUGAGGCCAAUUUUUUCAGCAUUUAUAAUUAUUUUUUUCACUUGUUAGGAAGCUUUUGUUAUGUAUUUUCUGUUAAUAGUACUUAAAAUUGCAACUUCUAAACACAAAAUAAAUAAAAAGAAAAUAUUUAUAGGAGGAAAUGAA